UUAGUAAAAUGACAUUUGAUAUUAAAAAUCGUUUGGGCAUAUUUGUGUGGGUCUAUUUCAGGUUUUCCUAUUCCACUGAUUUAUGUGUUUCUUCCUCCACCAAUACCACAGUCUUGAUUACUGUGGCUAUAAGUCUUGAAAUCAAAUAGACUGACUCCUCACACUUUAUUAUUUUUCAAAAUUGUUUUAGCUAUUCUAGUUCCAUUGCUUUUCCACAUAAAUUUAAGAAUAAUCUUGUCUGUGUCUACAAAAAAUCUUGCUGAGAUUUUGAUAGGAAUAGCAUGAAACCUGUAGAUCUGUUUGGGGAAAAUUGGCAUCUCUACUAUGUCAAGUCUUUCAAUACGUGAAUAUGUCUCUUGCCAGUGAUGUCUGAUGUCCCAGCAAAUGGCGUUGUCCACUAUGGUGCUGAAAAGAUAACUCCCGAGGUCCCAGCAGCAACACGGCUAAUGCAGACUUGGUUUGCACUCUGCUGGGUAAACUGAACGGGAGUGAUGCCUCCAGGCAGGUGGUAUGCUGUCCAUCCAGCUCAGGCUCAGGCUUCAAGGGAGCGAAAGCGCCUUCACAUGGUGAAGAAGGAAGAAGAGGAUGAAGGCUACACUUCAGUGCAGGCCGCCAGGCCACAGACACUCAACCGUCCUGGCCAGGAGCUGUUCCGCCAGCUCUUCAGGCAGCUUCGUUACCAUGAAUCUUCUGGGCCCCUAGAGACUCUGAGCCGGCUCCGGGAGCUCUGCCGCUGGUGGCUGAGGCCUGAUGUUCUCUCCAAGGCCCAGAUCCUGGAGCUGCUGGUGCUGGAGCAAUUCCUGAGCAUCCUGCCUGGGGAGCUCCGGACCUGGGUGCAGCUGCAUCACCCUGAGAGUGGUAGGGAGGCUGUGGCCCUGCUGGAGGAGCUGCAGAGGGAUCUCGAUGGAACACUGUGGAGGGACCCAGCCCCUGCCCAGAGCCCAGAUGUGCGUUGGAUGGGUACAGGAGCCCUGCGAGCCGCACAGAUAUGGCCCCCUGCUUCACCUCUCAGGAGCAGCUCUGCUCUGGGGGACCGCCUGGAGCCUCCCUGUGAAAUAGGAGUGCGUGACUUCCUGGCUGGGCAAUCCGAUCCUCCUGCUGCCCAGGUGCCUGCCCUUUCCCAGAGAGAUGGGUGCCCAGGAGACCGAGUGACAGCUCAGCCUCAGGAGGCUAUGACUUUCAAGGACGUGGAGGUGACCUUCUCUCAGGAUGAGUGGGGAUGGCUGGACUCAGCACAGAGGAACCUGUACCGGGAUGUGAUGCUGGAGAAUUAUGGGAACGUGGCUUCUUUGGUGGGGCCAUUCACCAAGCCUGCUCUCAUCUCCUGGUUGGAGACAAGGGAGCCGUGGGGCCUGAAUGUCCGAGGAGCUCAGCCUAAGGGGAAUCCAGGUGCUACUUCUGCAGGAGGUGAGCUCCAGAUUAAAACAAACAAGUUCAUCUUAAAACAUCAGCCUUUGGAAGAAGCAGAAAUCUUUGCUGUGCCAUCAGGAUGUCAUGUGGCAAGUGUUUCUGAGGGAACAGGGCUCAGAGAAUCUUUUGAACAGAAGAGCAACUUAAAGGAGCAGUGUGGAAACCCCAUACAAGUGAGAGUUAAGAAAGAAGAGACCAAUUUCAGUCACAGGGCAAGAAGAGAAUCUGAAGGAUCAGGAAGAAGUAAUAGUCUUAAUCUAAAACAUAUUACAUAUUUGAGAGUUCCCAGAAGGAAGCGAUCUCUUAAACACGGCCGUGGCAGACACUUGAGAGGGAGUUCAUACCACUGUGACUACAAGGAUUAUGGUAAAGGGCUCAGACUCACGAUUGGCAGGUUCAGCCUACAUCAGAGAAUUCGUGCUGGACUAAAAGGGAAUGCAAAGGAUGCGUGUGAGAAAGACUUCAUCCUUAGCUCUCAUCACCAACAUGGGCAGAGUCUUCACACAGCAAGGACAUUGCAUAAGUGCAGUGACUGUGGGAGGACCUUCCGUCAUAGCUCCCAUCUUGCAUAUCAUCAGAGACUUCACACACAAGAGAGACCAUUUAAAUGUAGGGUGUGUGGGAAAGCCUUCAGGUGGAGCUCAAACUGUGUGCGACAUGAGAAAAUUCACACUGGAGUGAAACCUUAUAAAUGUAGUAUAUGUGACAAAGCUUUCCGACGCAUGUCUGCCUACCGUCGGCACCAGGAAACCCAUGCUAAGCAGAAAUUUCUUGAAUCUAAUCAGUGUGAGGAAGCUCUCACCCAUGGCUCAGGAUUUGAUCAUCAUUUUAGAGAUCAAAGUGGGGAGAAACCCUUUGACUGCAGCCAGUGUAGGAAAUCCUUCCACUGUAAAUCAUACGUUCUUGAACAUCAAAGGAUUCACACCCAGGAGAAACCCUAUAAAUGUACCAAGUGUAGGAAAACCUUUAGGUGGAGGUCAAACUUUACGCGUCAUAUGAGACAGCACCAGGAAGAAAAGUUCUACAGUCAAGACAAAUGUAGAGAAGACUUCAUGCAGACAUCCAACUGCACUGAGCCCCAGAGUGCCCCCACUGUGGAGAAAGCUUUUCGGUGUCAACAGUGUGGGAAAACUUUUACUCGAAGGAAGUCUCUUAUUGAUCAUCAGAUAACUCACACAGAUAAUAAACCAUACCGAUGUAGCGAAUGUGCAAAAGAGUUUACUCAUCGGUCAACCUUUAUUGUUCAUAAGAAGCAGCACGCCAUUAAAAGAAAACCUAAGGAUGGGCCAUCUUUUAGUCAGGACAGAGCAUUCCAAGUUCCUCAGAACACCACAGAGGAGCCCUACAAAUGUAGCCAGUGUGGCAAAAACUUCCGUAAUCACUCAUUUCUCAUCAUCCAUCAGAGAAUUCACACCAGAGAGAGGCCUUAUAAGUGCAAGGAGUGUGGGAAAGCUUUCAGAUGGAGUUCUAACUUCUCCCGACAUCAGAGGAUUCACGCUUUGGAAAAACAGUACGAGUACCAUGAAAGUGGAAACACUGUAGAUCAGCAGCCACAAAUCCUCACUGAUGAGAAACGUUUUUGGUGCCAAGAAUGUGGGAAAACCUUUACACGUAAACGAUCUCUUUUAGAUCAUAAGGGAAUACACAGUGGAGAGAAGCGCUAUAAAUGUAAUCUGUGUGGGAAGUCUUAUGAUAGAAAUUACCGCCUUGUUAAUCAUCAGAGAAUCCACACUAAAGAGAGACCUUUUAAGUGUCAGUGGUGUGGGAAAGAUUUCAUUGGAAGACAAACCCUCUGCAUUCAUCAGAGAAGACACACCAGAGCGGCACAGUCUGAAUCCAGCCUGGCUGGGUUAUCCUCCUGCCAGGACACAGGGGCGAGUGUACAGGAAUUAAAAUCAAGUGGGGAGAAGCCCCUUGAAGAUUGUGAAGAAGCUUGUGACCAGAGCUCCAGGCCCACUGGACUCCAGAAUGCACCCCUUGGGAAAAAGUGCCACAAAUGUAACACGUGUGGGAAAAUUUUUAAUAAGAGCUCACAACUCAUUAACCACGAGAGAUUCCAUACUCGAGAGAGGCCAUUCAAAUGCAGAGAGUGUGGGAAGACCUUCAGGUGGUCAUCAAAUCUGGCUCGGCAUAUGAAAAAACAUAUGGGAGAUUAACUUGGGACCUGACAGUGGAGGCAGUGGGGGUCCUAGCUGCCCUGCUAGAGAACCCUUACUUGUAGGCAGUGCUGGGAAAACCUUCACAAAGGCCUUUCUGUUCUGAAAGCUAGUGGCAGAGAAUCUUGAGGAUUCAAAAACUCAAGCCAUCUUGCAUUCUACCUGCUGGAAAGUGAGUGCUGGGGAAGAGCAGCAGCUUGUUUUUUGGGGUCCUUCUGGAGGCUUGGGCCCCCAGGAGUGGCCUUUGCACAACGGCCUGGAGCCUCCCCAGCCAGGUCUCCUUCCAUAGCUCUAAGAGAAGAGACCAUUGCGCUGAGUGGUUCGACAAAACGUCUGUGGCAUGGUGGGCUGUGGCUGCUGGGAAGGGGCCAGUUGGAUCCUAAGUUUCCCUUUGAGUUUGGCCUGUGAUGGUGCCUAUUCUGUUUGACCUUACAAAUAGCAGCAGCGGCGGCAAGAACUCCUCCAGGUCUCCCUAGAUGCCUCCAGGGAAGUUCUGGCUGUGGCUUCAGCCUUCACAACUGGCUUUGGAUAUCUGCUGUGGGCAUAGAGUUGUCUCAGCAGCAAGUGGAGGAGAGUAGGGUGCUGGGCUUGAUCACCUGGAGAAUGGAGCUCUACCAGUUCUACCCAUCGCCAUCUCCGUCCCACAGGUGUGCACGGGCAGCAGUGGUCCAUCUGUUAAACAGAAGUGUGCUGAGCACCUCCCAUAUGCCAGGCACUGUUGUCUGUGCCAGAGACCCAGCAGUGACUGGAACAGACAAAAAAAUCUGCCGUCUUGGAUCUUCACAGACAAUAAACAAAUGAGAUAUGUAUAGUAUUUUGGAUGGUGAUGUGUGUUGUGGACAAAAUCAAUCAGAGAAGAUUGAGAGGGAGUGCUGGAUUGGAAGGGGGGUUGCAAUUUUAAGUAGGCUGGUUGGGGAGGGCCUCAACUGAGAAGGUGAAAUUUGAGCAAAGACCUGAAGGAGGUCAGGGAGCAAGCCCUGUCGAUCUCUAGGUCCAGGCACAAGAGGUGGGGUUUUGUCUGGUGUCCUCAGGGAGUGGCAAGGAGGCCUAGGCUAGAGUGGAAUGAGCCAGCUGGAAGAGAGGUGGUGGGCCAAGCCGUGUGAAGGUCAUGCAUCCUCGCUGGGGCUUGGGCUGCCUCAAAGGGAGGUAGGGUGCUUUUGGACAAUUUUGAGUUGAGGACUGUUGUGGUCUGAAUCUGUAUUACAUUUUACAAGGGUUAACCAAGGACUCAGUAAAAUUAUGCAGCUGAAAGAUUUUUAUGUGGUUAUCCCUGCUGCCAGUUUCCAUGAGUGGAACGCUCCCCAUCAGCCCCCGUCAGUAUCUGAAUUGUGUACAAGACCUCCAGCUCUCAGCAGAUGUAAGCACUUGAUUAUUGCACUUGCGCCUCUAAUGUCGGCACACUGCGGCACCCUGUCGCCUCCACGUAGCCUUCUCCAUGCGUUGGCUACGGUGUUGGCCUUGAGUUCAACCCAAAGGUACCAGUUCACGUGUCUGAGGCCCUCACGAGAAAACGUGGCCUGGUUGGGGAGGCACCCGCUCUCGCUUGCCCACUCACUUGUGUUGAAGUGAAAAGCAAGAGUCAGCUCAGUGAUGUAAGGGUAAAACAGUGAUAUGUCUAAAGUUUAUGUCAGUAGUCAUUGCCUCUGUUUAUUGAAGAGCUCAGAUUAGAAACAUAAGAGCAAAAUGCCUUGCUCAGUAGUAGAGCACCACGUCAGACCACAUUUCACUGCUGUGAGCAGGGGCAAACUCAUGGAGCAGGCUGUUUCUUGUAAUGAGAAGAAACCAACCUGGACAAUGUCCUCUUCAGUAGAGUACAGGUAGUCUAAUUCUCUCUGGAUUGUCACGGGCAGGUGAAAAUGACGGCUCUGACACUGUGGUGCCGUCACAAGGGAUGGGCAGGGCGUGGGGGAGAGAGAUACCAUGGCAGCAUCUCCUGUUGGUGUUCUGAUGCCCAUUCAGCUUUGUACUUGGGAAGGUUUGGUCAUCUUGGCUCUGCCUCUCUCUUGAUUCCUACAGCAGCAGCUGCCCAUGGCCUGGAUUUGGGUGUCCCGUCACUGGAACAGUGCCAAAAACUGGCACUAGAAGUAGCUGGACAGGGACAAGAGUCCCAUGUGUUGAGGGCCCAGGGUCAUGGGAAAGACCUUGGGGUCAUCAGAUCUGGGUUCCAGGCUCGGUGUGUGUUUUCUUGGCAGGAUGAUCUUGGGCAAGUCACUGAACAUCUGCACCUAUUUCCUCUUGUGUAAAAUGAGAGUGACUGCCUAUGCUACCUGACUCCUGAGGUUGGCGGAAGAGGGCUUGGUUUCCUACUGUUUAGGUGGCUGGUCUCUAGGACCAGAGCCCUCGCAGAGCUGCAGCUGCCCCGUCAGUUGAUGCUGCAACCACAGAAAUACCCCUUUUCUGUCCAUAUUUUCAUCCCUCUCCUCCCUAGGCCACCUGGCACCUCAAAGAGUUCCAGCCCCAAUAGGGGAGUUUUUACUGCCAUUUUUAUAAAAUGAGAUACACUUAUUUUUAAACAUUCAAAUCAAAUUUUAAUAUGUACGAAGAAUGAAAUAAAAACAGAAAUCCCUCCAUACUGAGGCAAACCGUUAAUAUUUUGGGAUUGUACUGAUGCAGUCUGUUCGAUAACCUGAGUUUUUAAAUAAUUUUAAUUUUAUGAAUAAUAUGUGAUUAUGAUAGGAAUAUUCGUAAGUACAGAUUACCUAAAAGGAAAAAGGAAAAGCUGACUACUUGGAGCUAACUACUAAACGUUUUGGUGUAAUCAGUAUUGGAUUUGACUUCAUUGCCCUUCCCUGAACGUCCCUGGACAGGCCGCCUUGUACCAUCUCCCUUCACCUGGGGUGCCACACCUCUGUCUGUGCUGGCCCAGGUCCUCUUCCAGGCCUGGCCUUCCCUAACCCUCAUGCCUCUAAGCUCUCUCCCCUGGCCCCACCACUCCUGUACCCUGUGCCAGGAUCUUGCUUGGUUACGUGAUGUCUGGGUUUCUGAAAGUUAUGCCCACACUGCAGCCAACCUGAGGCCAGGGUAGGGUGCUCAUUUAUCUGUGCAAAGAUUUUGCUCCUGUGUUAAGGAAUAUAGAACUGAAUUCAGUUCAGCUAAGGCAGGAUUGGAGUUUUUUGAAGGGGCCUUGGGUGAAAUGUAGACUGGAGGCCACCCACAAGCGUAACUCCUGCGAGUUAGGAGCCCAGCUGUGGGUGGUUCUGAGCCACAUGGCUCCGGUGACAGUUUCUGACCGCCCCAGCCACCAGUUCUCAUCUCAUACCCCUAUCCUGGCCUGGAGAAUGUGCAGCCUUCUUCCAGCUCUGCCCUGCCUUCUCUCGCUCCCCAGGGGUAACUGACGUUGGGGCUGGAGAGAACCAGAUGAGCUGGGACUCUACAGAGAGGGGUGGGUAUCAGAAGGUCUGUCAGCCAGCUGUUCGAUGUGGUUGGCCCCACGUUUGCUAACAGAGACUGUCAGCCCAGACAGAGUCAUGUGCAGAGAAGAAAGCACAGGCAAUGUAAAUUUAUAUGGACCGUCUCACACUCAUCAAGUUGGCAAAUUUUUAAAAGCUCUAGUGUGGGUAAGUGUUUGGAGCAGUGAGAACUCACUGCUGUGGAAGUGGAAAUGACAACAACUGUGCCAAGCGAUUUGCAAAAUCUUGUAAAGUUGUGUGUACUCUACCACCCAACAAUUCUACCUACUCCUGAUAAACCCUAGAAGAACUCCAUGUGAAGAAGGAAAUGUGUAUAAGACUGUCUGUUGCAGUACUGUGUAAGUAGCAAGAUUGGGAAAAGCCUAAAUUUCCAUCAACAGAAAAACAGAUUAAUAAAUGUGUUGUUUUUGGUACUUUGGAAGUGAAUAUGAAAGAGCUCGAGUUACAUCUUUCCACACAGAUAAAUGGAAAAUGAUGCUGAGCAAGUUGCAGAAGGUACAUCCAAUACACCGUUUAUGUAAAGUUAAAUGUACUGUGUAUCUGUGGGCACAUUAUGGAAACUUAUUUGUGUUUCACUUUUUCUAUAAAACGGAAUAGUCCCAACUUCACAGGAUGAGUGGGGCCGGGGGGACAGUUAAUAAUGCAUGUAAAGGGCUUAGAAUAGUGGCUGGCAUGUAAGCAUUGUUGGCAUUAUAGUAAACGGUGUUGUUUUGACAAUAAUGUAUUUCCUGUGGAUUCAAAUUAUAUGAACUACUAAGAUUAUAUAAAAUCAUGUAUUGGAAUGAUGUGUGAAAGUCAUGCUCUACCUUCCUAGGGCAGAAGUUGCUGAUGGAAUCAGGGAGGGUACAUGGGGGCUUCAGGUGUGUUUGAUUUCGUUUUAAAAAUUGAUGUAGAUGGGUCAGCAUGUUGAUUCAACAAGAGUGAUAGCUUCUUUUUUUAACUGUUUGCUUAAAAUAUUUAAAAAUAAAAAUAUUUUUAAGCUUGG